UUUGCUUCCGACAGGGCAGCACUUCUGCACCUAGAUUGUCAUCCCCACAGAGACGCAACAUGACCAAGGCUACUUCCGCAGCUUCAACGUCGGCAGCCCUCUACUCCCUAGCCGUUGUUCUCUCCCCGGCCUCUGAGGGGCCCGAGGAUGUCAAGGAGAAAGCCCACCAUCUAAAAAAUGGCUUUCAAAACCCCUGGGACUCAUGGCAAUCUCCGACAGUGGGUAACGCUCUUCGCAUGUGGGGGGGAAUCAUAACGGGGAAAAUCAAGUUCCCAGACGUCACGCCUCCUACAGUGCCUGUUCAGCAGCCCAAGUUUCUGCCUGAUCGGGAAACAGCUGGUCUGCGGGCGACAUGGCUUGGCCAUGCUUGUUACUACGUCGAAUUCCCCAAUGGCCUACGAGUUCUGUUCGACCCGGUAUUUGAGGACCGUUGCUCUCCGGUCUCCUUCAUGGGCCCAAAGCGCUUCACUGAGAUGCCAUGCCACAUCGAGGACAUCCCAAUUAUCGAUGCGGUUGUAAUCUCCCACAACCAUUACGAUCAUCUCUCUCAUCCAACUGUCAUGGAAAUCUCGCGACGCCAUCCCAAUUGUCACUUCUUUGCACCCCUUGGCAAUAAAGCAUGGUUCAGCAGCAUUGGGAUAGACAAAAUGACUGAGCUCGAUUGGUGGGACGAGCGAGACAUUGUUCUUUCACCCUCGCAUGAAUCAGUCACCGAGGCCGGUGCCGGUGAGGGCCAGAGUUCAAACCAGUCUAACAUCACAGCUCGCAUCAGCUGCUUGCCUUCGCAGCACACAAGCAAUCGGGGUGUGUUUGAUCGAUCAAAGACCCUGUGGGCGUCGUGGGGCAUUGAAGCUGGAGGUCGGAAGCUGUGGUUUGCAGGAGACACAGGAUAUCGGAAUGUGCCAAUGCUUCCUGCCGGUACCGAUGAUCAUGCUCCGGAGUACGAUUUCCCCUCAUGUCCCGCAUUUAAACAAAUUGGUCAAUUCCGGGGGCCUUUUGACCUCGGAUUGAUCCCGAUUGGCGCCUACUCACCCAGAUGGUUCAUGAGCCCUAUGCAUGCGGACCCUGAUGAUGCAGUGCAAAUUUUCCGGGAUACCAAAUGCAAAAGAGCCAUGGCUAUUCAUUGGGGAACUUGGGUCUUGACAGAUGAAGAUGUCCUUGAGCCACCAAAGAAAUUGAAGGAGGCGCUCACCAAGUAUAGCUAUCCAGAGGUCGGGGCAUUUGACGUUUGUGACAUCGGCGAAAGUCGGGAAUUCUAA